UCAGUUCAGGAAGCAAAGCUACUGCGAGCUCAAGGAAGAGCACGCAUGGCGGGAACGGAUCAUCAGAAGCAACUCCUCUCACUGAUUCGAGACUUCGCCGCAGAGAAAUCUCAAGGAGAGCGUAGGAUAGCUGCUUUGAAGAAGCAGCAGCAAGAGCUGAGAUCUGAGUUAGACAUGGCUAAUGCUAAGCUCGAAGAGGCGAAGUGCUGCAGAGAGACUGCUGAGCAAGAGCUGAAAGGCUAUGAAGUUGAAUUGGCUAUGAAUAAAUCCGCCGUUCAAUCAUUGCAGGCUAGGGUCUGUACCACUCAAGAUCAGAUGUCUGCCGUAAAUAUUGAUAUCGAAGAUCUCAAGAAGAAGGAAGCAUCAUCAAGAGAUGAGUUCAUUAACAAAAUGUUCGAGAUGAAUGAUAGCAUUAGGAAGUUCAUGUUGACAAUGUCAGGUCAUCUCACUGAGGAUGAUACUGAAGAGGUUACAAUUGAAGACUCAGAAGUGGGAGACCAGAUUAUGGAGGAAGAAAUGGAAUCUAUACCCGGCAUAUCUUUAGAGGAUAAGCUGAAUUAUGUUGUUUCUCAAACGGAGAUUGAGGAAAAAAUGCUUAAAGCUGAGCAGGACCUUAACAAGCAGUUGCAGCAGGAAUGCAUCGACCUGGAGAAGCAUGUGUUGAUGAUGGAGGCAGUUGCAAAUGAAACGACGGACAGUUAGCAGGGCCCCUUCAAGCCUCAAUGAGGCUGCUGGUGGUUGUCAAUGGCCUCAGCAUCCUGCAGUCUUGCCAGAAAGGGAUCUGACCAGGUAUUGUGGGGAUUUGCAUAUAAGUCAGGAUAGUAUUCCCAGAAUUGCUGUGACAAGUAGUGUAGUUUGGCUUUAAAUCGAGAAGUAGAGGCGUAUCUGGACUUAUGACUAUCGAUAUAUAUAUUGAAACCAAACUAAGGAAUUGUGGUUGUCUGGAUUCUGGCAUUAGUACCUCCGAGAUCGUGGAUUGUCAUUUGCCAACACAUGACAUGCGAGCACGUACAAAAAAAAAA